AUGGACCGCGGCGACUGGGAAGCUGCGCUCGCCGACGGUGGUCACUUGGACUUUAUGGGCGACGCGUCCUCGCUCCUGCUGCGCCAGUCACCGUCGGCGAAGGCGCCGCCGCUCGUGCCAUCGCCGCUGUCACCGCUGCCCAGCCUCUCGCUCGACGACCUCUUGCCGUCGGGGCUGCCGAGCCCCAGCGUCUCGCCCGGACUGGCGGCGAUCCUGCCCGGCGACGUCAAUCUGUUUCCAACCCCGCCGGUCGCAACCUUGCCGCCACCUGCGUCGCCCGUCGUUGUCGCGCCGCAGUGCAUUGACCUGCGCAUCGUCAAGGAGAACGGCGUGCUUGGCUUUGGCGUCGUGCCCCGGCGCGGCAUGGGCGGCGUCCAAGUCUCGACGCUGCAGCCCGCGUCCAGCGCCGACCGCGCCGGUCUCCGCAUCGACGACUGCCUCCUCCGCAUUGGCGUCAACGACGUGGGCUCGAUGGCGCUCAACGACGUGGUCGAGCAGCUCAAAGCCGUGCGGCCGGGCGAGGCGAUCAUGCUGCGCGUGUACCGCCCGACGGCGCCGCCGACCAAGAAGCCGCGGCUCAUGGCGCCCGAGACCGCGCUCAAGAAGCAAAUCUCGGAGCGCAACACGGCGCUGCGCAAGCGCGUGCAGGAAGUGGUCAUCAAGGCCGACGAGACCGUCUUGCGCGUCACCAAAGAGAAGGACGCAGUCAUCGCGCGCCUCACGCAGGAGAAGGCUGACGCGGCGCAGGCGCUCGCGGCGCUGCAAGCGCAGAUGCGCAUCGAAGCCCGGACGCUUUUCGACGCCAAUGCCAACGCGGAAAUCAAAGCCCAGCUCGACGCCGCCGUGCUCAAGGUCGCCGACCUCGAAGACGCCGAGCGAAAGCGGCUGGCUGCCAAGAAACACUACCUGUCGGUGCAAGGCGCGUUGGCCGGCAAGCUCGUGGCCGAGCUCGAGACAAGGGUCGUCGAGCAGCUUCAGAUCGCCCUCGCCGGCAUGGCAGCGGCCCGCGCCGCGACCAAGUCGAAUGCAUUUCACGCCGCCACGCUGCCGCCGACGCUGACGAUCGCGGUCGAGCUCUGCCGACCUGCCGCCGUGCUCCAGCUCUUGGAUGUGACCUCAGUGUAUGACGUGUUUGGGUUCCCAGUGCUGACACCGCUGCGACUCACGUGGCCUGCCGCCCGCGCCCACGCUGUGUUUGGCCAGCGACUGGUAUAUGAAGAGCGGACAGGCGUCCACCUCGUUGCAUCGGGACCAGUCGAGACCAAGUUUGACCCGACGACCGAGCUUCUCGAGAUGACGUGGAAGUGGUCCGAACACAGCGUGCUGCGCGAGAUUGGGCGGUCGAUCCGGCUGGCAUAG